AUGAAGAUAUUCAAGUGUUUUAUAUUAUUACUGUUAGUGGUGGUGAUUGACGUACACACGGCACAGCAUUGUACGGAUUCCACACCAGCAGAAUGUUGCUUGUGUCCAGAAAAAACAUGUGGUAGCUGUCCAUCUGGUUUCUAUAUCAUAGAUCAAUGGAACUUGCCUGACACAGGAUGUGGUUCGGAAUCGACAACUCCCUCUACCUUGAACUCAACCACAUCAACCGGAGUAAACACAGCUCCGUCGACGUCAAUUGGAGAAAACUCGAAUUAUUCAUUUUGUGUGCAAAAUUGUCCCGAUGGUUUCUAUGGAAACAAUGACACUGGUGGCUGUAACAGCAUCGAGACUAUAGCCUAUACAACAUCGACCCCAACGACGGACAACCUACCAGUUAUUAUUGGUGGUACUUGCGGUGGCGUGGUGGUUAUUGUGAUCGUCAUUAUUGUGGUGGUUGUUAUUGUAUGUCGCAGAAAGCGUCAUAAACAGGCAAGUCCAGGAAGAGUAAACUUAACAUUGACAGCGGAAGCCAUCGGACGUGCACCUAUAGAUGUGGAACCUCUUCAACCUAGAGACGAAGAAGAAGAAGUGGGGUCGAAAAAGACCGCCACUCGCCAUCCACUAGAUGCUAUGGACCUGCCGAACAGUAUACCACAGGGCCACGACAAGGUCCUUAGGUAUACCGUUGACCCAACACAGAGCAUUAUACUCAGAAACAAUAGGGACAAUGAGCAGACUGCUCGUGAGCAGUCGAUUCUGGACCAACUUCCUCCAGCUCCAGCAGCACCCAAACACGUAAAGUCCACACGAAGAACCAAGGUCAAGAAGCCCAAACCCAAGCCAACAACCGAUGAUGUGUACGAGCCGGUAGGAUCGGAGAACACUGGAGCAAACGACAACAAGCAGUACGCGAAGGAUGACGAGUCACUCGACGAAGAAAAUUAUGAGAACCAAAAUGAAAUUGAAAAACUGAAGUCUGUAAGGAAAAAUUCCCUCCAGAGGUCUACAGAUCACUCGGAAGAAGAUUACGAAAAUUACCUGGUCCUGAAGGAUUUGAAAUUUAAAACCAAACCAGAGAAACAGGAACCGGAAGUAAAACAAGAAGUGGAACUGGAACAAGGACUUGAGGAUUACGAAAACGAAUCGGAGAUAGAAAGGUUCCGUCAACCAACAAAAAAUCCUCUGGCGGAUGAAAGUGUCUAUGUAAAUCUUUGA